AUUUCGGAAAAUGAAAAAACUGGACAAUUACUCCGAUACUUUGGUGGUGAUUAUUUAACAGGAUUACCAACCCGUGAUAAUAUAGUCGCAGAAAAUGAUAAGGGUUUGUCUGCAAUUCUUAAUAAUGCUUUGGCUAAACGAGAGGAGAUCCCUUUUAUGGCUGUCGAUUUUGAGG